AUGGUAGUCGUUUCGAGCCCCACUGCUAAUAUCUACGCGACAACGGCAACGGUUGCCAAGGCGAGGAAGACGAAAUCAACGAUUAGAACGGACAUGCCUAACUCGUCUCCUGAUGCCGGAAUCGCCAUUGUGUCUAAAGCUACUGGUUUAGAAAUCAAAUUUCUAACGCUGCGUGUGUACCCGAGCGAAGAAAAAAGUUCAGCUGCUAAAAGAGCUGGGAAAUUAUGUAAGAUAUCUGGUGUAGGGAUAUUUGCUACCGAGACCGAUAGAAUACGACCCCUCGGACAAACAGCAUCGGAAGUAGAUACGGGAUCAGAGUGGCCGAUCACUGAUCAAUUAACACGUGAUCCUUAUUUAGAAAUAGAAUAUCGAAUUUCCUCCUCGACCAUCUGGAAGAUCUUAUACUAUGUCAUGAGAGCCAAUUUCGAUGGUUUGGCAAGCGACAUCAGUCCUCAACCACCCAAGCUAGCGGGUCAGCUAGGCUCCGCUACUUACGAGCACGGAAUGGAGGUGACAGACGUGGAAUACAAGGAUGGAUUAGUGACGGUCACAUACCGUGAUACGGGGACUGAAUCCCAUGGGACCGUCCAUGCCGAUCUGGUGAUUGCAGCCGAUGGAGCUUUUUCCAAAGUGCGCCAAGUCUUGCAGCCAGAUUUAAAGCACAAGUAUGCAGGUUAUGUGGCUUGGAGAGGGACCGCUCCGGAGAGUGAAAUUUCCGAGAAGACUAAAGCAACAUUUGCGUGCAAAACAACCUUAUUUACAUACAAGGGUGGUUACAUUGCUCUUUAUACCAUUCCAGGAGAAGAUGGAAACACUUCUCCUGGCCAUCGACAACUCAAUUGGGUCUGGUAUACUGCGUGUCUUGAAAACUCACAGGAAUUCGUCGAUGUAAUGACGGAUGUUGAUGGGCAUACACACCGCACUACAUUACCGAUUGGAAAGGUAGACCCCCAAAACUGGAACCAACAAAAAGCUCUAGCCCAGCAGAUUCUCCCCGCACCAUUUGCAGAGAUGGUACAAAAAACGCACAAGCCCUUCAUUUCGGCGAUCCACGAUCAUGAAAUUGCCAAACCUCUUCUCUUUGAUGGCAAAUUACUUUUCGUGGGAGAUGCGUUGGCGACUUUUCGUCCGCAUGUGGCUUCGAGCACUAAUCAGGCUGCACUGGAUGCGCAGCUACUAGGACAAUUCAUGGAGGGUGAUAUUGACGCCGCCGAAUGGGAGGCUAAGGUCCUUGCGUUUGCGAACUUGACGGCGGUGCGGAGUGAACUUUGGGGUGCUUACUAUAUGUCUGGGAUCCCGACGCUGGUUUUUGUUUCUAAAUUCUUCCGUUAUUGGAAAUUGGUGGCGGUACAAGCCAUUUCGAAACGUCUUUAUGGCUAG